UAAGCCUUCCAAAAAAACAAACAAGAGAAGAAAAAAAAUGGUUUCUACUAGAAGUGUCAACUCUCCUGCUAUGAAGAUCACUAUCUUGGUUGUUGAUGAUGAUUCUACUUCAUUGGCUAUCGUUUCUGCCAUGUUAAGAGAGUUCCGAUAUGAAGUUACGAGUGUUAAAACACCGGCAGCUGCUUUGUCUGUUCUUCGAUCAAAUCCAAGUAUUGACCUAGUGGUCACUGAUCUCCAUAUGCCUGGAAUGAAUGGGAUUGAGCUUCAAAAACGAAUCAACAAAGAGUUUAAACUGCCUGUCAUCAUAAUGUCCUCGGAUGACGAUGAAAAUGUGAUGCUAGAGAGCUUAGCAGGAGGUGCUGUAUUCUUUAUAGUUAAACCAGUAGACCCUAUUGGGUUAAAGAACGUAUGGCAAUACGCUGUUGCUGCUAAGAAGGGUAAAUCCUUGCUCAUCGAGGACAUGGACAGGGAAUCUUCGUCGUCGUCACCAGCGGACGGGAAACUAUCCCUCGGUGGCAACACGAAGUCGGUGUCAUCGGUGAAUAACGAAAAGAACGAUCCCAAAAAUGGAUCGAAAAGAAAAGGUGCAUCUGGCAAAGGUAGGGACAAGGAUGAUAACGAUGAUGAAUCGAAGUCUCCACCUCCAAAAAAAACUAAGAAGCCUAAGAUUGUUUGGACGAAUACACUUCAUAACCAGUUCUUGGAAGCCCUACGCCAAAUUGGCCUUGAAAGAGCUGUCCCAAAGAAGAUCCUUGAGCGUAUGAAUUCGACAGGCUUAACCAGGGAAAAUGUGGCUAGUCAUUUACAGAAGUACCGGAUCUUCCUAAAGCGUAUAGCAGAGAGGGGUUGUUUUGCAUCCAAGGCCGUAAUCGACAGGUUCCUGAAGUCGAACUUCGCCGCCGGUCAUCCCUUGUUGUUGAAAACUGCUCAAGAGUAUUCCCGAUUGGAACACAUGGAACGAUUGAGGGUAUUAGCAUCUUAUCCUGGUUUGCAUGAGAGCCUUAUGGGUCACAGUUCCACUAGGAACGUACCCUUGUUUUACGGUCAUCCUGGUGCUUCGAGUAGCAACGCUGCUCAACAGCCACUUGGCUAUGGACAAUCCCGUUUAUUGUCCAACCAAACUAACCAGCCACUCUUCCCUGGUAGUGGUAACAUGUUGAACAAUCCCAAUCUGAAUAAUCACUUGGGAUAUGGAAAUGGAAAUGGAAUUGGAAUUGGAUCUAGUUCGUCGGUGAAUGGUGGGGGUGGGUUUUCUAGUGGCUUGUUGAAUGGCGGAAACUCAUCGCUAACGUACCCAAACCAGGUUCAAGCUAGGCCUGAUUUUUACAAUGCUGGUCCGUCUUCGUCUUCACCGUUCCGAUUUGGCUCAGCUGGCUUUCAUUCUUCGGGUUCUACAUUGGGUAAUGGGCUCUUCGGAAGCAGUAGCAGCUCUUACCCUAGUCUGAAUAGCAGCUCUUCGGGUUCUAUAGUGGUUAAUGGGCUCUUUGGAAGCAGUAGCAGGUCUCACCCUAGUCUCAAUAGCAGCUCUUCGGGUGCUACAUUGGGUAAUGGGCUCUUCGGAAGCAGUAGCAGCUCUUACCCUAGUCUGAAUAACAGCUCUUACCCUACCCUGAAUCCUGGUUACACCAACAAUGCUGCUAACAGCAAUCGUGGGAUGAGGUUUUAUGAACAUCUCCUUAAUGGGUCGGCUCCCCCUAUCACCGUUGACUAUGGCUCAAUGAAUCAAACCCGUCCCACAGGUGACUAUGGCUCAAUGAAUCGAACUCACAAUGAGAAUAUUAAUGUUCCAACCAUGAGGACUACACCUUUAGAUAGUCUAGAUUUUAUGCGAGAGUUUCCUAUUCCACCAGUUGACAAUUCGACAUUGAUUCAAGGACUAGGAACUGGCAGUACAAGAUUGACUGAAAUUAAUUCUGAUCAGCUGCUGAACAAUGUUCCUAAUCUUGACAAUGAACCACGAGGUGGUGAUGGUUUACUUCAAGACCUUGUGCUUGAGUCGAAAAAGUUAGCUAAUGAGGUAAUACAUUUCUAUUGUAGUAAUUGAGUGAAUUAGUAUUAUAUUCUUCUCAAAAUUGUUGGCUUUUUUUUUUUUCUUUUUUUUGUUAUCGGUAUAGGAGAAAGCUGGUGAGCAGAGUGUUGAGAAUUCCGACUAUUGCUUGCCUUCGUUGUUCCCGGAAAUCUAUCCGACAUUGGAUGAACUUCUCAACUGCGAUUUCCCCGAUCCCUUGUCCGAUGAAGAUAACCAUCCUUGGAGUGAAGAAGCUAUUGGACAGGUACGUCCACUAACUCCAUAUUUUGCAUGCUACCAUUUUUCCUUAUGAAUCCUCACAAUGUUAGAGGAUUUUUGCCUAGGUUCAAAGUGAACUUGAAGAGCUGAUCAACAACCCCAACCCUGCUGCAGGCGAUGGUCGUUCCAAUAAAUCCAACCCAAUCACUAAUAAGGCAAACUUCAAUUUCUAGUUUUGUUACAUAUAUAUGAUCACGCUUAAAACCAUACUGAUUUAUAUCAUCUUUUGUGAUGUAAUAUAGCAACAAACCGGAGGGGAACAAGUGACUGUCACUCACCCACUCAGCAAUGUACUCCAAGUGAUGACUGCCCCAGCUCCUGCUCCCGCUCCCGCUCCCGCUCCCGCUCCUGCUCCAGCUCCUGCUCCUGCUCCAGCUCUGGCUGUAUAUAACUCGGCAAACAAUGCGAACAAUGGUGCCCCAGUUGGAGCUAAUUCAUCAAGCUAUGAGGAUGAUGAGGAUUUCCUGGAUUCCUUGCUGAACUUCAACGACGGGUUUGAGUGAUAGCCAUCGCUGCAGCUGUCUGAAUCAUUUACUUCAAGCUUCAAUAAAACAGUUAACUUUAGAUAUAAAGUUUCGGACCUACCUAUAAUAUCUAGUUUUUUUUUUGGGUUUAAAUAAGAAGCUUGGACAUGGGUUUACAGUUUGUUUUUAAUUUGGUUAUGUAAUGUUUGUGACUAUUUCUCUCUUUAUAUAUACUUGGCAUUAUCUAUGUGUUAAAUAAA